GCCCUCUGAUUUUAAAGCAUGUUUUAAACUGUUUUUGAGAUGGUGGCAAGCUUUAAAUUGAUUUUAUCCGCAUCUGAAUGUGAUUAAACUGAAAUGGAAAUUGUGACGGUUUUUAUGAGAAUUUCCUUGUUUUUCUGAAAUUGAGCAUGAUUGGAAAGAAAAUGAGGAUUUUAUUGAUUUUCUGGAAAUGAGCAUGAUUGAGAAAUGAAAAUGGAAAUUUCAUUAUUUUCGGGAAUUGAGCAUGAUUGGAAUGAAAUUGUUUUCAUUUCAUUGAGUAGAGCAUGCCUAUUUGGGAAUUGACGAAACUGUUUUGAUGAACUGAGAGUUUGCAAAUUCUGAGUUUCCUGUUAAAUCCAUGGUCACAUGGAAAUUUUCUGGUUUGUUUCUGAGAUUUGAGAUUGAUUGUGAAUUAUGGAUUUUUGGAAAUCCUACAUGGUUUUGUCUCGGAUAUAGUCAUGAUUACUGACGCUCGCUAGUGGGAGCUGUAAACGCUAGCACAUGUCGACAUGUAUUUCUGUAGAACCGGUUCACCCUGCCUAUGGGGUUAAACACUGGCACCAUUACUGACGCCUGCCAGUGGGAGUGUGUAAACACUGGCACCAUUACUGACGCCUGCCAGUGGGAGUGUGUAAACACUGGCACUAUUACUGACGCCUGCCAGUGGGAGUGUGUAAACACUGGCACUAUUACUGACGCCUGCCAGUGGGAGUGUGUAAACACUGGCACCAUUACUGACGCCUGCCAGUGGGAGUGUGUAAACACUGGCACCAUUACUGACGCCUGCCAGUGGGAGUUUGUAAACACUGGCCAUGACUUAUGGAUGAGACUACUGAACUGAGUUUUAUUCCGCAUGAACGGUUUGUCAUGAAAGCUUUGUUAUGCUUAUAUGGUUUACUUGGCAUGCUUAAAAGUUUUACCCAAGGGCUAUCCAUAUUUACUUACUGAGUUAUCUCAUAGUUUUCCUUGUCCACCAUUUCAGGAAACGAAACUGAGGACGGGGAAAUCGAGGGGAGUGACGAGUUAGAAGGCUAACCAUUCAAUUGGGGUAUAAGUUUUAGAUUCUAUCAUCCUUUUGUAAGGUUGAUUUUAUUCAUGAGAUUUUGUGAUUUGGAUAAGUUUUGAGCCUUGUGCAUUCGUGGGACCCGUCUCACGAGUGCACGGCGUCUGUCGCGCCUCGAGAUCGGGUUUUGGUUCGUGACACCCAGCCUUUUAACAGUUUCAUGGCAUUAGGGUCCUCCAAACACGAAGACAAGGGUACUAGACUACUGGCAAGAAAGGUCAGCACAAGUUUGAGGGCUUGUUCAUACCAUAAAUUGCAAAAAUUUAAGAUCAUGCCACAUGUCAAAUAUUUUUAAAUGGAUGGAGGAGAUUUUGCCAUAUCAAAUAUGUAAUUCUGGGUCCAUAAUAGAUUAAUUGCCACAUUAGAUGAAAGGAGUUAAAAAUAUAAGGUUUUAUCUUUUAAUUACCUUAUUUAGUUAAAUUAGGUCUAUUUUGGCUGAAAUAUAGGAGAACAUUUCAGUUAUGUGUAUGGGUUAUGAGAUAAUGGGAUAGAUCAUGAAAUCUGGAAGGUAAUCUGACCCUAUCAAUUGCUGAGAUGUCCCACUUUAUUAAGAAAAACUGCCCACAAUUUGGUAACUACAGAAAAUGGGGAGCUAUAGCUGAAAAAAGGAGAAUAAAAGAGAAGUUUUGGAAGAGAAAACACACGGUUAGCCCUACUCAAACACUUGUAAAUUUUUAGACUUUCAUUUUCUCUACAAUUGCUUCUAGAUUUCAGAUUUUAGUACAAUUUCUAGUAGAUCUAGGUUGUUUUUCAUC